CAACGUAUAACCUAAACUGUCAAACUGCAAGUAUCUAGAAUACAUUGAACGUGAACUUUCUUCAAUUAUGUAUAAAGUUUUAAGUUAAUAGCCUUUUUAUCAAUGCAUGUAGUUCAUUGGUGAAGUAAUUCGCUUUACAGACAAUCCGCAAUAAUGUUUGAGUUACCAGCAGAAUUAACAACUAAGCCUUUGGCUCUUAUUGGCAUGACCGGCUUAGAUAUUACAAAUUCUGUCCAUCGUUCAAUUUGGGAUGCAUUCAGUAAUAAUCGUAGGGUGGAAGCCUCUGCUAUUCAGUUUAAGUUACUCAAUCUUGCACACGAAUUUCCUACAGUAAAACCAAAACGUAACUCAUAUGAAUGGUAUAUACCCAAAGGAAUAUUAAAACGAAAUUGGAUGAAUAAAUACCUCAACGAAAUUCCAGCAGUUGUUGUUGUAUUCUAUGAUUUAGAUUGGAAUGAUCCGCAAUGGAAUGAAAAGAAAUUAGAAUGUGCUUCUAGAGUACAAACACUUAGAAAUGCUUUGGAAGGCAGAAGUACAAAAAUAGCUGUUGUACUGAUACAGCAUGGUACACAACCGCCACCAGGUUCUGAAGAUGCUUUAGCAACUGAACGUGGUACAGCUGUUUGUGGAGCGUGUGAACUACCUCCAAAAUUAUUAUAUGUUUUACCACAUGGAAAUCAUUUAUUAGGGUACACAUCUAGACUAGAAAAUGCAUUAUAUGAUUUAGCACAGAGCUUUUAUUAUCACGAGUAUCAUAUUGUCAAAGGACACAGAGAUCAACUUAACAAAACUGUACACCAACAUCUAUUUGUACGCCAUCAGUUCAAGAUGGCAUUCUUAAAUGAACUUAAACAAGAUCAACCUAUGGCUAAAAGACACUACGAGCAAGCAUACAGUAAUUUGUUGGAAAUAAAAAUGACGGAUACAAAUGCAAUGGAAGUUAAGACAAUUGCUAGCUUUAUAAAUUAUAAAUUAUGUAAAAUAAUGUUCAAUUUAAAUAUUCCAAAAGGAGCUAUAUCACAGUUCAGGCUUUAUACAGACAGAUUCAAAAUGAGAACCGGUCUAAAGGAACUUAUAUUUGAACAUCAUGCAUGGAUGUGCAGUCAAUUUUCUACUUUCGCAGAAUUAUUUGAUUAUGCUAUUCGACAGGGACUUCCUGCUGUUCAAACUCAGCACCCUGGAUAUUACUUUCAAUCAGCAGCUCAUCAUGCAGGCUUGAGACAAACAGCUUGCAAGGAACUUUGCCAGAAUAUUAAUAGUUAUCCAGAACCAGACCCAUUAGCUGGAGAGGACAAGCUUGAGUUUUAUGGGCAACGACCAUGGCGUCCGGGAAAAUUAAGCGCGGAACCGACAGAUCCGGUGAAAGAAACCAUUGCUGUACAGGCUUUACAAUACAAAGAAAAAUAUACAGUUAAUCAUUCCAAAAUAAUCAUUGGCCUGUUAGGAAAUGCAAUUUCGCAAUUCAAAGUGUACAGAUGUCCAAGAAUGAGAAGAGUAUUAGUGGUACAAAUGGCCGAGGAAUAUUAUAAUUCGAAGGAUUAUGGGAAAGCUCUCACAUUAUUAAUACACAUGUUGUGGGAAUAUCACGACGAACGAUGGCCCGUCUUAAUCACAAAUAUCUUAAAGAAUGCUUUGCGUGCGGCUUACCUAUCCACAAGUAUCGAAGACUACAUCACAUUAGCGUUUGAAGCACUGGGGCCCACCAUCACAUUUUCAGAAGAUUACAAAGUUGCUAUUUAUGACAACAUUAUUAAUAUUCUUCAAAAGAAACCACCAAAUCCGGAGCCCGAUUUACCGGACGAUGUGAAACACUCUGCAAUAGAUCAGUGGGUAAUCAACCUUAAUCAGACAGAACCAAUUGUAUUUACAAUUGAUGAUAAUAAUAUGAGUUCAUUCGUAGAAGUUAAAGCACGAUUUUUGCAAGCAAAGUACGCUGUUGAUUCUACAGUAAGCGUGGAAGUCAUUGUCAGAAAUUCGUACAGUAAUACUAUAGAAUUUUCUAAAGUGUCAAUAACAAUUGGCAGCCCUGGCUACAGUUCAGAAUUUACUGUCACCGAUGCUGAAAGUAGUAAUCUUAUUUUUAAUGCAAAAGAAACAAAAAAAUUUCUUUACCAAUUUCAAGCACAACAAAACGAUGGUAGCGAGAUACGCAUUACCACUAUUUCGUUAUACAUGGGUAACGAUACCGUUUGUAGCAUUGUUUUGAGAUUCUAUGCUAUAGGGCGGGAAACAAAUUUUCUGAGUCGAUUGUAUCCCGAGAUACAGCAACUUCGUAGAGGAGAAUUUGAAACGAUACAACCGUUAGUAAACGCGAAAAUAAAACAAGAAGAAUCUAGUCUGAAUAUAAGUGCGGUAUCCAACAGCCCAGCACUUUUAGGAGAGUGGCUUCCAAUUAAAAUAUCCGUCACUGCAAACGAAAAUAUAUCAUCAGCAUUCUUAACCGUGUCACUUGUGUCUGAUGGGGCAAAUGAACAAUCAACGGAAUUAAGUUUGACCAUGCUUAACAAACAGUCGUUAAUAUCGAUACCGAUCGAUCAUUUAGCAAAGGAUUGCAGUAUCGAUCAAACUAUAUACUUAAGGGCCCAUAAAGUUGGCGACAGAAAUAUUCACAUGAAGGUGGAAUACCCGAAGUCCGAACAAAUAAAAGGAAUUAAAGAAUUGACAUAUUCAUUGUCAGUUACAAAACCAUUUGAAGUGUCAACGUUAUUUUACACUGCACUUUUCGAACCACUGACAAAAGGUUUCAUCAACGAACCGUUUAUAAUAAUGCCUCACAUUUGUUGCGUCUCUCCAUGGCCUAUAAAUAUUAUUAGCACUUCUGUAGAGUUGGGUGACUCAAUAGAAAGAGAGAAUAAAGAUCAGUCAGUUUCCACUUUAGCUGGUAUUACACUUUCUGAGGGUGAAACAGGUACAGAUUCGUACUGUUUGAUACCCAAAGGUGGUGGCGAGCAACCUAUCAGUACGGGAGUGUACACGAUUAAAUGGAAACGUGCAAACGAUGAUAACGCGUUAGAAACUAGCAGCAGCGUAACAUUAGCUCCUUUAUGGGUCGAAGAUGCAAUGAUCGGAUUGGAAGCUAAAUUGCCUGCUCAUGGUUGGGUUCGUACACCGCUGCUUGUAUCGUACUUAAUAAAAAAUCAUUCCGAUUACAUGAUUACAUUGCGAUUGACCAUGGAGGCCAGCGAUGCGUUUAUGUUUGCUGGACAUAAACAAGUCGAUAUUUACAUACUUCCGAAAAACGAAAAAAAAGUCGAAUGGAUAUUGCGUCCAUUGGUGGCUGGUUUCGUGCAACUUCCCAGUUUAUCUUUAGCGGUUCCUGCUGACGAAGAACGUAAAUUAAGCAAAGCACGGCUUUCGGAAGUGAUAGAGCGAUCGAUACCGAGUCACAUAUACAUUCUGCCAACAUCGCAAACCUUAGAAGAAUGAACGAAGCAAGAAGAAAAUAUUGAAAUGUUUAAUGACUUCUAAUGUAUUAUCGAAACGUAGAUACAUAUUGCACAUAAAUCGUAAAUACAAAAACAUUUCAUACUUAGGAUUAUGAAUGUCAGUCCGUUGAAUAUAAUUUAUUUAAGUUACUUGUAAGGCAUAAUAAAAAAAAAAAAACAAGAUUCCUUUACAUCCUUCGAAGUAUUUUCGUCUCCGUAUGCUCGUGUACGUAUUACUCGAUGCGGGCGUCGUUAUCGAUUACAUACGUCGUCACAUGUACCAUAUUUCUAUAGAAACCAGUCUCAAUACGCAACGGACAUAUAGUACGUACACGUUCGCCACAUAAUUUUUAACCUGUUGAAAUUUAACAUUAUGCAAAGAUCUGACAAAGUAGUUUACUCGUGAACGUUAAAGGUCAUAGAUAAUGAC